AUGCUCGGCAUCAUCACAGCAGCAAGAAUUUGCAAUCUAGGAAAAAGAUCCCUGCAGGAAACGCCUGUUGCAAUGUGGACGAGGCCACCCUCGCCAGCUCUCAGACGCAAGCCUGAGAUGAUUGCAUAUUGGGACAGUUGGCUUUGGUAA